CAGUGUUGCUGUAGAAACAAAUGAAGCUUCCUCGUCAGUGCUUGUGGCAACAAGAGAGCACGAAAAUAGAUUUCAACUUGAUCGUGUCUGGUUUCAUUCGAAGAAUAAUGUAGCUCGUCAAUUUUUUAUAUGAUUUUAUACUUCAGAUCUGGGAGCGAAAGAUUACUGUAAUAAACUCGCGAUGAGUCUCGCUAGAAAGGAAACAGACGCCGGGCUACGGGCACUGGUCGCGAGCACAAACAUUAAGCCGGAGCAGAAGGUUCCUCAAGUUCUCUCAAAAUUACAAGAUAUUCUGAUUAGGAUAUCUGUCCAAGACGAUAGAGAGUUGGGUGCGUUCAAAAACUCCUUGUUCAGCCAUGGCAUACUUCAAUACUGCGCAGGGGACGCCCUCAAACUGAACUAUGCCAACGUUGAAGGAGGCUACGCAACUGCCACUCAGUUGGCAGAAAUUCUCAGCUCCUGCUGUGUGGGUGUGGACCUGGGCGGAGACACUGAGGCCUUCCAUAGGCGGCUGCUCCCGUCCGUCACAGACAGCCUGCUGUCAUUGGCCAGUCGGCUGAUGAACAGAGCUUUGGCGGGGAAUGGGCAGCCUGAGAUGUUUCGUUUCUUCAGGAAGGUGAUGGACUCUGUGUGUUGGCUUCUGAAAGCCCAUGGUCACCUGGCCACACAAGUCCUGCAGUCAGACCACUAUGAGAGGAUGUUAAUGAGUGAGGAAGAGAGAGUGGGAACUGUGUGUGUGUCACUGUGGCAUCAGCUUCUGACAGCUAACAGUGAGUUAGUAGCAGGUUUGGGAAAAGGCCCCUUGUCUGUGAUUCUGGAUGACGUCGUGUACCGAAUGGCUCACACAUCCAACCCUGUUGUGGGAGGGGCGGCAAUUAGGACGCUCCUCCUGGUUGCCCGGCAACAAGAAUCCGCCCUGCAGCUUAUCAUCCACAGGUUCAAAGGGUUGGAGGGCAUGAUUGGUCGAGAAUGGAGGGGGCGGGGCUUCGAUGAGGAAGUGGACCAACUGAUUAAGCUGCUGCACAGAGAAGUCCCCAAACCAGCUGAUCACACAGAGACGUGGCCAGAGGAGUGUGUGAGAGCGGCGUGUGUCAUCCAGGCAGCGUGGAGAUCCUAUCAGACCAGGAGGAGAGUGAAGAGUCUGCCCAGAGCUGUCAGAUCACUGCAGAGGAGCUUCAGAGAGCGGCGACGGAGGAGAGCGCAGCAGGCUCAGGCUGUGUGCUGGGAGGAGGAGCUGAGACUACAGCUGUGUGUCAGGAGACAGAGAGCCAGGAGAGAGUUCCAUCAGAAACAACUACAGCUACUACAGUUACUGCCCCCAGGUACACACACACUACCUGUUACAGCAGAGACAGAGAGUCAGGAGAGAGUUCCAUCAGAAACAACUACAGCUACUACAGUUACUGCCCCCAGGUACACACACACUACCUGUUACAGCAGAGACAGAGAGUCAGGAGAGAGUUCCAUCAGAAACAACUACAGCUAUUACAGUUACUGCCCCCAGGUACACACACACUACCUGUUACAGCAGAGACAGAGAGUCAGGAGAGAGUUCCAUCAGAAACAACUACAGCUACUACAGUUACUGCCCCCAGGUCAGGUGCAGCAGUACCUCGGGGAGGUGGAGAGGCAGGCUGCGAUACAGAUCCAGAGGGUUUGGCGAGGCCACCGAGAGAGACGAAACUUCCAGCAACGGAGAAACACACACACACAGCACAGAGCUGCUGUUGUCCUGCAGAGAGCAGUCCUUCGCUUUCUGAAGAGGCGGGGAGCUGAGAAUGCCCCUCCUUCCCUCUCUCCUUGGAUUGGUCCUCGGGGUUUGACUGACAGUCGGAGGGCGGAGCUGAAGAGAGAGGUGGAGGAACAUAUUGCCCUGCACCCGUCCUCUGUGGUGUCUCUAGAGGGCAGUAGGGAGCUCCAUGCUCAGACCCAAGCCUUGCUGCUCCAGCAUCUACAGGGGAGAGAGGCAGAGCUGAGAGAACACACUCACACACACGCCCUGCUGGCACAGAUCAACACCGACCUGGAACUACUGCUGAAUGCCCCCUCACUCAGUGUCGCCACAGUAACCGACUGUGUCGUGUUCAGGAGUCGCUCUGCCCCCGUAGCCGCCCGCGCCCGGCAAUCCCACAAUGCCUUUCUCCAGGCCGGUCGCCUGCCUUGGUGGAAGAUGCUGGGAGAUGGUGACAUCACCUGUCCAGAAUCAGACUCCGUCCACAAAGACCACCCGCUGGAGGCAGAGUUUAACUCUCUGUAUUUAGGAGGAAGCUGACAACGUUGUUCCACAACAGUAUUGUAACGUUAUUAUAACAUUGUCAUAGGGCUGUUGUAAUAAUGUCAUUAUGACGUCAAACCUCCCGGGCGACCUCCCGGGUGGCGCAGUGGUCUAGGGCACUGCAUCGCAGUGCUAGCUGCACCACCAGAGUCUCUGGGUUCGCGCCCAGGCUCUGUCGCAGCCGGCCGCAACCGGGAGGUCCGUGGGGCGAUGCACAAUUAGCAUAGCGUCGUCCGAGUUAGGGAGGGUUUGGCCGGUAGGGAUAUCCUUGUCUCAGUAUGUAAAAUGUAAUAAAAUGUAUGCACUCUACUGUAAGUCGCUCUGGAUAAGAGCGUCUGCUAAAUGACUAAAAUGUAAAUGUAAACCUGCUCUGGAAUUCAACCAAUCAUGGGUUUCAGUCUGGACCGUGGUUAGUUGAAUCAGGUGUGUUACUGCAGUGGUCUUUUCAUCAGUCUCUGUGUGGCUGGUCCCUUAGACUGAAACACUUCCUUAAGGAAUUGUAAAGCAAUUUUGUGUACAGAAGUCUGCAUUAAAGUUUGUACUUUUCUACUA